CAUAGACGGGAAAAACCGCAUAAAGAGUAGAAAGCGAACGUGCUCUUCCGCAGAUAGCGGCAAGUUGUGUUGCAGUGUGCCGGUCGUCAAUUUGGAUUUUUGUCCUUCCUGCGCAAAGUACGAGAGAUGGCACUUCCCAAGCUGACCCACCCCGCUCCGGACUUCAGCGGUACCGCAGUCGUCGGCGGACAAUUCAAGGACAUCAAGCUCUCAGACUACAAGGGAAAAUACCUGGUUCUCUUCUUCUAUCCCCUUGACUUCACCUUUGUGUGUCCCACGGAGAUCAUUGCCUUCAGCGACCAUGUGGAGGAGUUUAGGAAGAUCAACUGCGAAGUGGUGGCGUGCUCGACGGAUAGUCACUUCUGCCAUCUUGCCUGGAUCAACACUUCCAGGAAAGAGGGCGGUCUGGGCAACAUGAACAUCCCUCUCCUUGCUGACAAGACCUGCAAGAUUUCCCGGGACUAUGGUGUCCUUAAGGAAGACGAGGGCAUCCCCUUCCGGGGCCUGUUCAUCAUCGAUGACAAGGGCAGGCUGCGCCAGAUGACCAUCAAUGAUUUGCCCGUCGGACGUUCGGUUGACGAGACUCUGCGGCUCGUCCAGGCCUUCCAGUACACGGACAAGCACGGCGAAGUCUGCCCUGCCAACUGGAAGCCUGGGGGUGACACCAUGAAGCCCGACCCCAAGGGAAGCAAGGACUACUUCUCCAAGCACUAGCAUGCACCCCAAGAAUCUCACCAAACAGCAGUACAGCCAAAGGACACUUCGCUUCAGAAUGGAGACUCCCUACUCCUCUUACUUUCAUGUUGCCGUGCAUGCAACCUCGCCUGGUUUUCCAGUACAUGUUGUAUUGUUUUGUGAAGUGUUGUAAAGCUCCACUGUGUUAAAAUAAACUUGUUUUGUGUA